AUGACAAUUUUGCAGAAAAUGAACUGCUUGGCACUGAUUCUGUCGUUGCUAAUAUGCGCUUAUCAAAGAGUGACUGGCGCACCGACUAAUGAGACUUUGAUUGCAACUGGAGAUGAAAUUCAAAAGCCAUCAAAUCAGAUCGAUUACUUAAGUCGGUUGAUGACGAUGAUGGGACCAUUUGAAGAAUUAUUUAUGGACUGUAUCAAAGGAACGAAUGUCACGAAUGAGGAUUUGCUGAAUUACAGAAGGGUGAACACAUUUUUCAAUAAAGAAGCAACUGAUGCUCUGAAAGAACGAUUCCAAAUUGUUCGCUUCCGUAACGGUGAAUUCGAAUCAAUCAAUCAACGAAAUGUUUACCUCAAAUAUAGA